GUCCGUUAUGGCUGCCGCCUCCUUGGGCAGAAUGAGCGGGGCUGCACGAGAGAAGCUGUCGCCCGGGUCGGGAGCCCGGAGCUUCGGAGCGCUGGCGCGAUCUCUGGUGCUGGCGUUGCUGCUCGCGCCGGUCCUGUGCUAUGGUAUACCAGAGAAUACUCCAAACAAUGCUACCACUACUCCUCCGGCUGUGCCUGAAAACUACACCAAACCUUCUGUUUCCCAGAUCAGCACCACACUUACCCCAGCCAGUACAGAGAAAAGUGGAAGCAGCUCUUCGGCGCCCAGCCCCUCUGCUGCCCGGUCUGUGCCCCAGGAGGAGGCCGACAUCAAUGAAGAUCCCAGCAUGGAGGAGGAGGAUCUCCUGGCACUCAACAGUUCCCCAGCCACAGUCAAAGACACUCUGGACAAUGGUGACUACGGAGAGCCAGACUAUGACUGGACCACCAACCCCAGGGAUGAGGAGCCUGAUGAUAAUGUCAACAUUGAGAUAAGCAGAGAGAGCAGGCGCUUCAGAGGCUUCGAGGACUCAGUGCAGGUGGUGAAGCUCUCACCCCCCAACAGAGAGGAUAGCCAUUUCUUUUUUCAUCUCCUUAUUUUUGCUUUCUGUGCAGCUGUUGUUUAUGUCACCUAUCACAACAAAAGGAAGAUUUUCCUCCUAGUUCAAAGCAGAAAGUGGCGUGAUGGCUUGUGUUCCAAAACUGUGGAGUACCAUCGUUUGGACCAGAACGUGAAUGAGGCCAUGCCUUCUCUGAAGAUCACCAAUGACUACAUUUUCUAAAGCACUUGAUUGGCGUUGGCUCAUUAUGCUGUUUUAUUUGCUUCACUUUUCUAUGAUGUGCAGAUGUUUGCCACAGGCAAGUGGGACCUAACCGAGACGGGGCACUCUCUCUUGCCUUGGUGCUUUGAGAACUAACUGUCGCAAACAAGGAGUAUAUGAUUUUUUUUUUUUUUUAAUCUUUCUUUAGAGCUAGAUUCAAUCAGGUAUCUGAAAUGUGAGUUAAACAUUACUCUAUAUUUUUGUGUAGUUGUUAUUAUUUUCCAUUUAUUGUGCCUCUGGCAGCUGUGUUCUCUUUGAAAGGCCCCAAACUGGAGCUCAAGUCUCACAGGGUCCAGCACUGCUGGUUCCCCUCCCUCUCUGACACCCAGAUGCUGUUUCCCGGUUCCUUUAUUCUACUUAUGGUUGAGAUCGGGUUCCACAAAGUAGCCUAGGCUGGCCUCAAACUAUCAGUCUUACUGCCUUGGCUUCUCAAGUGCUGGUACUACCAAGCGUGGACACUCACCCAUUUCCAAAUCUCAUAGUUUCAAACACAUCUUGGGGUGUGUGGUCCCAGUUUUAAUGUACAAAGAUUGCAAUCUAAUGCUUUGCUUUAAAAUAACAUUUCCCCAUCUUUCAAAGCUGCUUUAAGGACAGUGAAGCCUGCUCAGUUACUGAUGGCACUUGCUGCCUACCCUGACAACCUGAGUUCAGUCCCCAGGUAGAAGGAGAUAGUGAAGUCUUGGAGGUUGUCCUCUGACCUCCACAUGUGUACCAUGGCAUUUGUGCACCUACACACACAUGCUUAGACACAUAGUAAAUAAAUUAGUUAAAAAGACCCACUGUGGGUGUUCUAGGCACUUGAAACAGUGUAAGAUAAGAUAGUGUAGUUGCUGCCUCACUGGUCAUGGUGAACUUGUUUAGGAGUUCACAGUGAGCACAAGGGGAAUGUUAGGUGGAUUCCAGUGUUUGGUUUGGAUUAUGGAAUGAAGUGUAGGGUAGAAGCUGGUAGACCGUUUAACCCAUGACCAGGGGCUAUUCAUCAGCACUUGAUUUUAGCAUGGGUUCCAGGGUUCAGAUGACGAGCGGAGUGUAAAACAGGUCAGAGGUCUCUUACUUUGUUUCUUGAUCACAGUACAUUGGAGGAGACUCUCCAGCCCAUUGUUACUUGAGUGAUACUGUGUCUUGGUCCUGCAGUUAAAGCAGUAGUGGGAAGAAGUUCACACAGGCCUAUGUAGCAAUGACCUUCAAACCUGCCUCCUCCCCAGCCCCCAGCAGCUGGGGUUAUUUGCUGUGUUUUAUGGUAGCCUGUUUUUUUAGAGUUGAUCAGAAUGAAAAUGUGUGAUUUGAACCAUGCUUGACUAUCAAGCUUCAUUACAACUUUCCAGAAAACAUGGUCUUUACUGCGUGCUCAGUAAAGCUGGGGCAGCCAGCAGCCAUGCUCCCUGCGUGGACACGGAAGCAUCAGCGUGGUCUUCCCCCUUCAGGGCGUUGGCUGUCCCUGGGAAGGGCACUGUGGUGAAACACAUCUGGACUGUUUUAUUGCAGUAGUUUUUUUCAUAUCUGAAAUUGUAUUAUUUAAUAUUUUGAAUAAGAUUUUAAGAAAUAAAUGGUAAAGAUAUAAA